AUGUCCGCUUCGCAACAGGACAGCGAGCCCAACAAGGACAGAAUCAAUGUAAGUGUGCCCCUGCGUCCGUCACACGCCCCGGACAUUGGCGGCGUACUCUUCCUGGACUCUGUUGACCUGGCGGUCCAGCCCUCCGUCGACUCGUCUGCGGCCACCACCACCAUCAGCCAGGCCGCCGGUCAGUCUGCCACCCGCCCCGCCGAGAAGACCCCUCCUCCAAACCCCGAGCCCACCUUUGCCACCACAUACGAAACCAUCGUCAACGUUGCCGAGGAAGACCGUGCAGGCCGUGCAGGCCCAAGUGCGCAGGAACGCGAGAUUGCCGCGCUCUAUGAGUCCGCGCGCCCUAUCUUGGCUGCCUUCGGGGCCCUCCUCCCCCCCAUCACACCCCAAGAGGCAGCCAUAAGAGAAGAGCAAAAGGCCGAGCGGGACAAGAAGGAAGCCGCAAUCCUCCAGCAAUUUACUGGGGCAGACAGUGUGGGCAUCCAGGUCAAGCUCCCUCUCCGGGAGAAUGGUCUCGCCGUCCUCCCCGACGACUCUUACGAUGGCGACUUCCUCGAGAGUCUAAAAUACGCCUGGCUGCCGCUCCCCGUGUGGUGCAUUCAGGACAUGAUGCGGUUCUCUGACGCCACCCACACCCUCAAGCUCGUCCCGGGCGACUCGGGCUCGUUCGACGACACCUCUACCCUCGCAAUUGUUAGAGACGGUACAAUCAAAUGGCGUCUGCAGACAUCAAACUUUGCAGACACCGAGGACCUCGAUGGAGACACUCCCAGAUACUAUUUCCUUUCCCUCCUCGAGCGGGUAGAAAAGUGGAGGGUCUCGAAGUUGGGUCCAGCGGCCUCAGACUAG